AUUGCAGUAAUGCUCAAUCUGGAUUAAAUUGAUCAAAUUAUGUGAUCUUCAGGAUUCAAAACUUUGUUGCCACUUCAAAAGCAAACAACCUCACACCAUGUACAGAAACCACAAGUGGUUUGAUUGUUUGACGGAAAAAGAGGAAAUUAAUUAUUCUCAUUGAAAUGCUAUCAGUACCAUGUUGUAGCUUAUAUGAUGUAUUAAGUUUUACUUUCCUCUUGUUGUACCAUUACACCUGUAAAGCACUUCGGUCAACCAAGUUGUUUUAUAUGUGCUAUAUAAAUAAAAUUGACAUUGACAUAACUAUAUUCCCUGACAGUGUCUUAAAGACAGUUCUAGCUCUAGUAAAAGCAGAUAACUGUCUCUUGGUAAGAACCAUUACAAAACCUUGCUGUUCUAGCUGAUCUUAAUGAUGAACUGAUUAGAUUUGGGGAAUCCAAAGUCAAGGUCACUUCACAUCAUAGAAUUUUUUUUUGCCUGUAGCCCAAGAAUAACAGGUAUAGAAUUGAUUUUAAUCAAUCAAUCAAAUAUCAUUAGUAUAGUCCAUUUUUACAAAUCACAAUUUGCCUUAUUUGGCUUUAGGUGAAUCAUGCACUGACUGACCUUAAUCCCCAGCAAGAGCAAGAAACCCAGAAACCUCAGGAAGAGCUGCAUGUGAGGAAUCUUUCUCACAGGACUGAGAAGUUUUUAUCCAAAGCAGCUUACAAUAAGUGCAUUAAACCAGAAACCCAGAGCAGCAAGAAUCAAGUAAGUACAAUUUGCUUCAAAAAAGCCAAACUACAAGUGCUACAUGUAAGUGCCUUAUAAAUGCAUAGAUGAAAAAGUGACGGUGGUUCUGCUGACCUGAUGUCAAUGGGGAGCUAGUUCCACCAUUUUGGAGCCAGGACAGCAAAGAUUCUUGAUUUUGUUGAGUGGUUAGCUCGCAAUAAGGGAGCAGCAAGCUGAUUGGCAGAUAAAGAGCUGAACUGGAUGGGCAUAGGUGCAAGGUUUAACCAUGUCCUGGAUGUAGACUGGACCAGAUCCAUUCACAGCACGGUACACAAGUACUAGUGUUUUAAAAUGCUGAAGCCACUGGUAACCAGUGAAGGGAGCAGAGGAGCAGAGUAGUGUGUGUGAACUUAGGUUGGUUGAAGACCAGUCGAGCUGCUCCAUUGUGGAUGAGCUGCAGAGAUCGGAUGGCACUAGCAGGUAGACCAGCCAGGAGGGAGUUGCACUAGUCUAGGUGUGAGAUGACCAGAGCCUGGACCAGAACCUGCAUCGCCUUCUGAUGUUGUGCAGCAUGUACAGUAUCUACAGGAACGGGUUGUUGCAGUAAUUUUGGAACACCUGUCCCUGUUGGCUUUCCUUAGUUAAAGGCUGGCUACACAAGCAGAGCGGUCUUUUUCAGUCAGGGCUCCGAGGCUCUCGAACUCCCUGCCUGAUAAGAUUAGGCUCAUCCAACUAAUUACAGAUCAUUAAAUCACUGCUAAAAACGUAUUUUUACAGGAAAGCAUUUCUAACAUGCGACUUGUAAUUAUUUUCAUUACAACAAUCAGUCUUACAGAGUUCAAGUGUGAUUUCCUGAUCUUUCUCUCCCCCUCUUUAACCCCCCAACCUCAUAUCUCUCUCUUUUCUACUCCCUCUAUCCCACCCACCUCCUCUCUUCCCUAUUUCCUCUGCACACCCCAACUAGUGGAGGCAGAUGGCCGCCCAAACGGUCUGGUUCUGCCAGAGGUUUCUCCCAGUUAAUUAGGGCGUUUUUCUCUCCACAGUCUCCAAAGUGCUGCUUAUUAUGGGAACUGUUGGGUUUUCUCCAAAACUUAAUGUCUUGACCUUUUUAUGUUAUGAUGGUAUCCAAAUGGUAUCUCCUUAAAGCUGUAAAUUCAAGUUUUUUUGAGUGAUUUGGGUCCAAUCAUACGAUCAUGAGCUUGAGUGUGUGAAGAGUGCACUGCAGCACUCUCCAAGGUGCUAAUCCGGCUGCUGGGAGCAGCUCGAGAGGUAUUAAACAGUGUGAAGGCUUCCACCAGCAUAAUGCAAUGACAAUAAAUCUUCUUACAUGCUUCUUCGGCCUCCUGCCUCUCACUGCACUCUUACAAAGUACCAGCCUCUUCUGCUUCCUUGCUUUCACCGCUCCAAAUCCACCCAAUGUGUCUAAAGUUAAUCAAACAGAGUAAAUCAAUGCCAAUAGUUUAGCAACUGCACUGCUGAAGUACAUUUCACCAAAAAAUCCACAAUCCAAGGGGUUUCAUGUAGGGCUGACCGAUAAAUCGUAUUUUCAUCGUCAUCGCGAUAUGAACAUGCGCGGUUAACACAUCGGAAAAGAUGCCUGAAACGCGAUGAAUAAAAAUCAUUUUAUUUACACGCGCCAUGUAUUCACACCCAGCAUGCGAACAUUUGACCUAUCAGAUGGAGCCCUGGAUACAUGCGCCAUGCAUUCACACCAUUUGGCUAAUCAGAUGAAGCAACAGCUAGCCGUCGGCGCCGGCAGCGUCCCCGGGUCCUAUGUUCCCCCGGGUCCUAUGUGUUCCGGAGCCACCCUCAAAUUAGUUGGUGUUAAUUUUGUGGCGACUGCGAGGCUAUGUAACACGAUGGCGGAGAAAGGAGAGAAUAGCGAGGAAAAUGUGGUUGACGAAGACCUUGUGGUGAAAAAGAACUGCACUUCUGCAAUUUGGAGUUAUUUUGGAUUCCGUAGCGACGACGUGUUACAAACACAGGUACUGUGUAAAACAUGCCGAACAGCUGUGGCAACUUCCAGAGGAAACACAACAAACCUCCAUCACCACCUGCAACACAACCAUAAAGAACUACACGAACAAUUCAAAGCUAGCCAAACCACAAAACCAAAAACGGUGAGUAGCAGCAAAUCUAAAACCUUGCAACAGUCCAUUUCUCAGAGUUUUGCGUGCGUGACUCCUUACGAGAAAACAUCCAAACGCCACGGAGAAAUAACAGAGGCCAUAACUCGUUAUUUGGCUAAGGACAUGAUGCCUAUAAACACAGUGACCAAAGAUGGUUUUGUGAGUCUAAUAAGGAAACUGGACCGAAGAUACAGCAUUCCAUCACGCAAUUAUUUUUCCCAAGUCGCCAUUCCAAAAAUGUACGACACAUGCAGGAAGACAGUGGAAUCGGAACUGGGUCAAAUUGAACACUACGCCUGUACCACAGAUCUUUGGUCCAGUCGAACGACAGAGCCCUACAUCAGCCUCACUGUACACUUCCUGGAUCAAGACUUUGAACUGAAAACGCGAUGUCUACAGACAGCCUACUUCCCCGGAGAACACACUGGGGAAAACAUUGCGUGUGGACUACGUGAGGCUUUGACCAGCUGGAAUUUGCGGGAAGAGCAGCUAGCUUGCAUCACCACCGACAACGGGUCAAACGUUGUGAAGGCCACCGAACUCAACCACUGGGUCAGACUUCAGUGUUUUGGCCACAGGCUGCAUCUUGCCAUCGAAAAUGCUGUUAAAGAUGACAGCCGCAUUGCCCGUGCUGCUGGGCUUUGUAAAAAAUUGGUGGGACAUUUCUCCCACAGCUGGAAGCAGAAGAUGGCACUGAAAGAAGCACAACAGGAGCACAACCUCCCAGAGCACUCACUCAUCACAGAAUGCCCAACUAGGUGGGGCUCGAGGCAAAAGAUGAUGGAGAGGAUCUUGGAGCAGCGGCAAGCCAUAUCUAAUGUCCUCUCGGCAGACCGAAAAACACGGCAUCUGGUUCCCUCCUGGCAGGACCUGGAUGUACUGGAGUCUGUAAACCUGGCAUUACACCCUUUGCAAGUAUUUACUGAUGCUCUUUCCGGGGAAAGCUAUGUGAGUGUUUCAUAUGUGAAACCAGUCCUUCAUCUCUUGAAUACAUCAGUUCUUGCAGAAAAGGAAGAUGACACCAAUUUAACCAAGACCAUUAAAGUGAAAAUCCUGGAUUACAUGAAUACAAAGUAUGAUGACCCAGCAACACAAGAACUUCUGGACACUGCAUCCUUCAUGGACCCCAGGUUCAAGGUCAGCUACAUCAGCAGCGAAAGAGUCCAAGACAUCAAGACCAGGGUGAUGUCAGAAAUGAAAGAAACAGCACGGAAGGAGGGAACACCUUCUGACAACACUGAGGCCCAAAGCAUGGAUCCACCCAGCAACAAGAAGGCAAAGCGAUCAUUGGGCAGUUUGCUCAAAACAAGUCCAGGCCCCACCACUCCCACCGCAUCUUCCAUGCAGCUGGAGCAAGCUCUUGAAGCUGAACUUAACAGCUACUUGCUGUCCCCCACCAUUGACAGUGAGGCAGACCCUUUGGCUUGGUGGAAACUCCACCAGGUCACCUACUCAAGGCUGAGCAAACUAGCUCGGAGGUAUCUUUGUAUAGCUGCCACUAGUUCACCCUCUGAGAGGCUAUUCAGCACAUCAGGGAAUGUGGUAACAUGUCAACGUGCAUGUUUGAAACCCAGCAAAGUCAACAUGCUGGUUUUCUUGGCCAAGAACUUGCCCUAAAGAAUAACUUGCCAUAAGGGUAGAUUUUUUUUUUCCUGAUUGUAUCUUGAUUUAGUUAUUUCAAUUUUCCCCCGCAUACUAUAGAUCUCUGCACCUUGUUGGGCGGAGUCGAGGGCCUUGAUGAUUGUAAUGGGAGACAUUAGUUAUUUUAAAUUGCCAUGCCCAUGUUUAAUUUAUAUUUAUUUAAUUAUUUAAGUUGUUUUCCCCCAGAUAUUUUUUUAUUUCAAGAGUUCAAUGGUUUUGUUCAGUUUAGAAGAAAAUAUUUUAAAUAGAGCAGGGGAAAUUAAACUUCGUUGGGUGUUCAUGUUGUGCACUUUGUUCAAUAAAAGUUAAAUAAAAUAA